UAUAGGGGUGCGUGUUUUGUUGUGUUAUUUGAAGCAUUUUGCCAAUUUUACAAUAAGAGAGAGAGAGAAGAAGAGAGAGAGAGAGAGUUGAAAGAAGAGAGGAAGAUAAAGAACAACUCACAUAGCCAAAAACAUCUCUCAAAAAAUGUUUGAAGGAUCAGUAUCUGAGCAGCUUCACCAAUUCUUAACUCCAAGAACAACAACAACUCCAACUCCAAAUUCCUCCUCUCUCCCUCUUCCCCUCAAUUUUGCUCCCAAUUUGAUCAACUUCCACCAUCCCUUUUUUGAUUCCUACAACAUCACCAACCCUCUUCAUCCCCAUCUUCUCCAUUCUCCAAACCCACCUCACCAAAACAAUGGCAGUGGCCACGACGAGGAGAAACCCGACGCAACCCCGACGACAACGGCCACCGAGCUGCACGCUGUCGCCAUGGAUUUGGAGGCUGGGAGAGACAACAACAACAACACCAACAGAUCCAUUUUAAUGGACGAUCAUCAUCAACAACAUCACUGGAGCAAUGAUGAGCUUCUUGCCCUCCUCAGAAUCAGAUCUAACAUGGACAAUUGCUUCCCUGAGUCCACUAAUUGGGAACAUGUUUCCAGGAAGUUGGGAGAGGUGGGUUUCAGAAGGACUGCAGACAAGUGCAAAGAGAAAUUUGAAGAAGAGAGCAGAUACUUCAACCACAUUAACUACAACAAAACUUGCAGAUUCCUCACUCAUGAGCUUAAUUAUCCUCCUCCUCAUCACCAUCAAGAUCAAGAUCGAGAUGAUCAAGAUCACGAUCAUCACCACCUUCUCUUUCCUGGAGGAGAUGAGAAGCCUGACGACCCGAGUGUUGUCGUUGGAGCGCCAGAAGUUGAGGAGGGGGAGGAAGAAAACGGAGCGAAUUUCAGGGACAGAGACGAAGAAGGAGAAGAUAUGAAAAUCGAAAGCACGGCGAUGAGGAGUAGGAAGAAAAGGCAGAACAGGAAGAGGAGGAGGAUGAUGAGGCAGAAGGAGUUUGAAAUUCUAAAGGAAUAUUGUGAGGAGAUUGUGAAGAAAAUGAUGGUCCAACAAGAGGAAAUUCACUCAAAGCUAUUACAUGAUAUGUUGAAGAGGGAAGAAGAGAAGGUGGCUAAAGAGGAAUCAUGGAAGAAGCAACAAAUGGAGAGGCUUCAUAGGGAGCUUGAAGUGAUGGCCCAUGAACAAGCCAUGGCAGGUGAUAGGCAGGCCACAAUCAUUGAAAUUUUGAACCAAAUCACAAAUUCAACCCCUUUUUCUUCCUCCCAAGCCAAAAAGGAGCUGCAAAAUUUGAUCCUAAGUUUGAAUAAUAACAAUACUAAUAAUGAUAAUAAUGCCACAAAUUAUAAUAAUUCCCCUUCUUCCUCUUCCUUAAUCCAAACCCAAACCAAUUCAAGCCCCAACAAGAACCAAGAAGUUAUUGCUAAUUUAGCUUCUUCUUCUUCUCUCAUGGCUGCUCUCCCACCCCAUGAAAAUUCAAGCUCAUUCACCAGCCAAACUGACCCAAAAAACCCUAAAAACCCUUAUUCAUUAACCAAAAUCCUUGCUCCUCAAGACCCCAAUUCACACCCUCCACCAGCUUCCCUUCAAAAGCUCCCCCAAAACCCUAAAACCAGAGAUCAUAAGGAACUAGAUGACUUGGGAAAAAGAUGGCCUAGAGAUGAAGUGUUGGCUCUAGUAAAUGUGAGGUGCAGCCUCUACAACAAUGGUGUCUGUGGCGGUGGCGGUGAUCAAGAUCAGAGUGGUGGCAGUGGCAGUGGCGAGCAAGGGGCGUCAUCGAAAGCUCCACUGUGGGAGAGAAUAUCACAAGGGAUGCUUCAAUUGGGCUACAAGAGAAGUGCCAAGAGGUGCAAAGAGAAAUGGGAGAACAUAAACAAGUACUUCAGAAAAACCAAAGAUGUCAACAAGAAGAGAUCUCUUGACUCUAGAACCUGCCCUUAUUUCCACCAACUCAGCAACUUGUACAACCAAGGAGGAGGGAUCAAGCGCCUCGAAAACUGCCCGGCUGUGUCCCCGGAAAACCACUCUGACCACUCGGAAAACCUCCCCAAUUCCUCUCAAAGAAUUGCAUGUUGAAGAGUACAGCCAGAAAAAAAAAACAAUGUGGCAGACGGUCUUACGCCACUAGAGAGAAUUUGAGAACAGUAUUUCAAAUCUGUAUCGGACUGUUAUUAGAGGAUAAGGGACAGUUAUUUUGAAUCUACACCAAAUGGUAACGAUUUAAAAGAGAGAUGUAACUUUUCUUCUAUCUAUUUUUUUUUUAAUUUUGUUAUUAUUAUUAUUUUUUUGGCGUUUUUGGGAAUUUCUGAUGAAUUUUCUGGAGUUGGGUGUUCAUGUGGUUGGUUGUGUUUCUUGAGAAAUGGAAUCAAUCGAUGGGAACUAACAGGUAGCUGGGCAGUACAUGAUUUUAGUUUGAGGCUAUCGUCAUCUAUAAUAUUUGUUGUUGGAAAAUUACUUGUGUACUUUUUCUGAGCACCGACACAGUGUGAGAAAUGAGAACCCAAAUUUAAUUCAA